AUGGUUUGCCCGAAAAAGGUACAUAGCGGCGUUUCGGGCGACAAACAGCGCUGCGACCGCGAAGUGGCGGUGGACAUGCUCCCAUCCUCCGGCGAGCGCUCCUCGGAGACCACGGCGCUUACCGUCUUCACGCUCGCCCUAUCGCACUGCUUGGCGCUGCAGGUGGCCAAAGAUGUGGGCACGCUCGGUCUCGCGGUGCAACCGCAGCGGCUCUGGACAGCGCUCCUCGCUGGCGCCGUCUGCUAUGCGCACGUGAGGCCGUGGUCGAGCCGCUCGCUCUUCAGCCUUGCCGCGGCAGGGCUCGGCACGCUGUGCGCCCACGGCUCGCAGUCCAACCACGUCAUCGUGGAGAUGGCGCUCGCAGCAGGGGUGCUGCUGACUGCUCCGCUCGCGGCCCUCGUCGAGGACGCCAGCACGGCGAGCGCACGCGCCGCUCGCCGCGAGUGGUUGGUGCGGCUGGCGAGCUGCGUGCGCGCACAGCUGAGCGUCCUCUACGCCUCGGCUGCGCUCGCCAAGCUCAACAGCGGCUGGUUCGACCCAGCCUCCUCGUGCUGCGUCCAGAUGACGGCGGCGAUGCUCGGCGGUUGGCUUCCCGCGUGGCCGCGCCUGCUCCACCUGCUCCCCGCCGCAGCCAUCGCCUUCGAGGUCGGCUUCCCGCUCGCGCUCGGCGCCGCCUCCUUCGGCGGCGGAGGCGGCGAAGGAACCGGCCGCCGCUCGACGCUCCGCGCGUUGAUGGUGAGCGGAGCAUCCUUUCACGCGGCAAUCGCGCUGCCGCCACCUCCGCUGUCGGUGUACCCGUUCACGAUGCUGAUGGUGCCCUUCUACGUCGUCGGCCUGCUCCCUGAGGAGCUCGGCGUGCUCUGGUCGACGACCGCGUUUGGCUCCCUCGCGUGCGCCGCCCUCCUCCCGCCGCCGCGCCAGCCGCCCAAGGCGCAGGCCGCCUUGCCGCCAGCCACGGCCGCGAGGCGGGCGGCGAGCCUCCUCCCCGCAGCCUGCCUCGGCCUCCUUGCGGCGAUGCCGCUGCUCGGCGUGCGGACGCACCCCUCCCUCGCCAUGUUUUCGAACCUCGACGUCGGCGGCGGCGCCUCGAACCACUGGCUCCCCCACGCGGCGGGCCUGCGCUUGCCCGAGUGGCUCGUCCCGAGCGAGUACACCGCCGACGCCGCCCUCCUCCUCCUCGAGACGGACCACGGAGGCCUCGCCGCGGCGCAGGUCAACCUGGCGCCGCUGCUGCCGGCCGCGACACGGGGGGACCUCCGCGCCGUGAACGCGUGCGCCCGCUUCUACAUCUCGCCCCCCUCGUGGCGCGCUCCGCCCACCGAGCCGCUGGCGCCCUUUGGCUUGCCGCUGGUCGAGGUCCGGAGGCGACUCUCCGCGCAGCCCGGCGAGGGCCCGCAGGACUUCUACCUCCGCUACCGCGAGAUCCGCGCCGGCGCCCCCGUCGGACCCGAGCGGCUGUACCGGCGCCGCGCCGGCGUCCGGACCGCGGAGAGCGACCAGAGGCUCGACGCGCCGCUGCCUCCGAUCCGUGCUCUGCUCCACCGAUUCCGCGCCUUCGACGUAGAGGGAAAUGUGUGUCGUCACUGACAGCGGUAGAGCGUGAAGUACAGCGGUGUUUCUUGAUGUUAAAUGAUGAAAUG